GACAAACAAAGAUACCCACCACGCCCACCUACGACCACCCUCCCACUUCAAAUAGGAACGAAUCGUUCAAACACUUUGGAAGCUCGGAUCACUCAACAUGGCCACAGUGACGGACAGACUGGUGGGGUCAGGCCUCAUCUCCGUCUCACUGCUCAUAUUCACGUACUACACACUCUGGGUCAUGGUACUGCCAUUUGUUGAGGAGGAUCAUGUGAUCCAUUCGUACUUCCUCCCUCGCUGGUAUGCAGUGGCCCUUCCUGUGGUACUGGGGGUGUGUCUACUGGCCGCCAUAGGAGUUUUUGUGGGUGUGAUCAUUGUGAAGGACAAUGCCAGGAAAAAGGCGAAAAAGACAAGUUAGAACAAUUAAUUACAUUCUCGAUAAGAUUAAUACGUUUUUUGCAUGUACUUUUUGCAUGUACAAUCAUGAACAUCAAUUAAGAAAUUGUCAAUCUUAAAUUCGGA